AGCUGGAGUAGCAGGCUUUCUCUGGGCUCCUCCUCUUUCGGUCUUUGUUGAUGGUGAGGUUCUACGAAAGAAAAAUGAAGUUCCUCGUAGCGGCUACACUUAUUGUAGGAACAGUUAUCUUCCUUGUUUUCCCGAAUGGUUCCUCUGCCGAUGAGAAGAAGAAGGGUCCCAGAGUAACUGCGAAGGUGUACUUUGACAUUAAAAUCGGUGAUGAUGUUGCUGGGCGAAUUGUCAUCGGGUUGUUUGGGAAAACUGUUCCCAAAACCGUUGAGAACUUCAUACAGUUGGCAACAGGAGAGAAAGGAUUUGGAUACAAGGGCAGCAAAUUCCAUAGAGUUAUCCCAGAUUUCAUGAUCCAGGGUGGAGACUUUACCAGAGGAGAUGGCACUGGAGGUAAGAGCAUCUAUGGAGACCGUUUCCCUGACGAAAACUUUAAGCUGAAGCACUAUGGCCCUGGUUGGUUGAGCAUGGCCAAUGCCGGCAAAGACACCAAUGGCUCCCAGUUUUUCAUCACUACAGUUAAGACUCCGUGGUUGGAUGGCAGACAUGUCGUCUUUGGAAAAGUACUGGAGGGCAUGGAUGUGGUAAAAAAGAUUGAGAAAACAAAGACUGACGGCAGAGACAAACCUCUUCAAGACGUCGUCAUCACUGAGUGCGGACAAAUUGAGGUGGACAAGCCAAUCGCUGUUGCCAAAGAGUAAAGUUCUUGAGAGGAGUACACUGGAACAGGACUGGGGGAUGUUAGUGGGGAAUAGUGGAGGCCACUACCAGCCCUGUGGUCCUUGAGAAGGGGUUUUGGGGUCAUUCCGUGGCAGUGCGUGCCACUUUGCAUCAUCAAAACAUCAACAUCAAGCAAUCGUGACCACACUCUGGAUGCAUUUAGCAACAAGCAUUCCAAGGUGAACUUUUCUUUUUGUAAAAAGAAAUCUUUUAAUAAAGGAUUCAUGUUUUCUUAAA